ACCAAUCCUGUUCUUUCCCCCACUAGUUAGCUUUCUCCUCUCUUUUCUGUCCAUGGAAUUGCCUGUGAAGGCACCAGUCUCCGGUGACCGGAAGGCUAGUUCCUACAAGUUAGAAACCAAAAACUUGUGCUACAGAUUAUGCAGCAAGUUUGGUGGACAUUUUAGUGGGGUGUCUUGUGGAUGGACUUCAAAGGGAGCUCCUAAGUUCAUUUUGAAUGGGGUUACUUGUGAGGCAAGGCCAGGGGAAAUUACAGCAAUAGCAGGGCCAAGUGGGGCAGGGAAAACAACCUUGCUGGAGAUUCUUGCUGGGAAGAUUUCGCCGCAGAAAGUGGUAGGUCAAGUGCUUGUCAAUGGCAGGCCUAUAGAUGCUAAGAGUUUCAGGAGAGUUUCUGGGUAUGUCACACAGGAUGAUGCCCUAUUUCCCUUGCUUACAGUUGAAGAAACGCUAAUGUACAGUGCAUUUCUGAGGCUGCCUGAAGGGAGAAGAGAGGCUAUGUCCAGGGUGAAAGUGUUGAUGAGGGAGCUUGGAUUGGAGCAUGUUGCGGGUUCAAGGAUUGGGGAAGGAUCAAAUUGUGGGAUUUCUGGUGGGGAGAGGCGCAGAGUUUCCAUUGGAGUUGAUCUAGUUCAUGACCCUGCUGUCAUUCUGAUAGAUGAACCAACUUCAGGUUUGGAUUCCGCCUCAGCUCUUCAUAUUGUGACACUGCUUAAAUCCAUGGUGGUUAAACAAGGUAAAACUAUAGUUCUAACCAUCCACCAACCUGGUUUUCGAAUCCUCGAGCUUUUUGAUCGAAUUGUUUUGCUUUCAAAUGGAUUUGAUGUUCAUAAUGGAUCACUGAAUCUUCUUGAAGAAAGGCUAAAGCUUUCCGAGCAUAGGAUUCCUCCUCGGGUCAAUGUGCUUGAAUUUGCCAUUGAUGUCAUACAAACCUUGGCCCUGCAAAAAUCAGAAUCUCUCCAUAACCAAUAUUUUCAAGGGAAGAAAAUCAUCGAAGGCUGUACAAUGAGGGUUGGACACAAUAUCAAUCCUGAAAAAAAGCUUCUCCUCUACCCCAAUUCCCAAGUGGAGGAGGUUUUGAUACUGGGGCAAAGAUUUUGCAGUAACAUAUUCAGAACCAAGCAACUUUUUGCCACAAGAGUGAUACAGGCCUUAGUGGCAGGAUUAGUACUUGGAACCAUAUAUUUCAAUGUUGGGAGUGAUAAAGGAAGAAUUGCUCUACAAACUCGAAUCGGGUUUUUUGCCUUCAGCCUCACCUUCUUGCUGUCUUCCACCACAGAAGUCCUACCAAUUUUCCUCCAGGAGAGAAGAAUUCUAAUGAGAGAGACAUCCAGAGGUGCCUACAGAGUUUCCUCCUAUGUCUUGGCCAAUACCAUCAUCUUCCUUCCCUUUCUUUUGCUGGUUGGUCUCCUCUUCUCCACCCCAGUUUACUGGCUAGUUGGUUUGAGAAGGGAAAGUCAUGGGUUUCUUUACUUCUAUCUGGUAGUUUGGAUGGUUCUUCUGAUGUCAAAUUCUUUUGUAGCAUGUUUCAGUGCCCUGGUGCCAAACUUCAUCAUGGGGAACUCAGUGAUUGCAGGGCUCAUGGGAUCUUUCUUUCUCUUUUCUGGGUAUUUUAUUUCCAAGGAUAACAUACCAACGUACUGGAUUUUCAUGCAUUAUUUGAGCUUGUUUAAGUACCCAUUUGAGUGUUUUAUGAUAAAUGAGUUUGGAGGACAGCAAGGGACAAGAAGGUGCAUAGACUUUCAGAAUGGGGAAUGCAGUUUAUAUGGAAAUGGGCUCCUAUGGCAGCAGGACAUAAAAGAAUCACAGAAAUGGAGCAAUUUAGCUGUGAUGUUGGGCUUCAUAAUUGGCUACAGAGUCCUUUGUUUACUAAUUUUAUCGUACAGAUGCCAUCGAACAAGAAACUAGAUACAUUACUCCAUUUCCUUUUCACUUUCAUCAAUAGUUUUGAGCAUAUAUUUUAGAUAUUUACUCAUUUCUGGAGAUAAUCAAAUUUAUGUACUUUA